GGUGUUUUUUUCACUAUCAGAUUGCUCACAGGCAUGAAAAAAGGAGUGAAUGAUGUUAAAUAAUAAAACCUCUCACUGCUCUGAAGAGAUGGGAGAUUCAGAGUCCUUUCUGGAGGUGUGGCUUGGCAGCGGGGACCCCGGGUCGAUGUUCUGGUGUUUCGGACUGGAGAAAAGCUGAACAGUUCCAGAAGAAGAAGCCACAGUCCCAGGAAAAAGCUUACUGCCUCAGCUAAAGAACAAGAAGCUAGCUAAAAAAAACAAGGAACAACUCCGUCUCUGUCUCUCUCUCUCUCUGGAGAAGAUGAGCAGAUGGCAGGGGAUACCAGAGUAUCCCUCAAGACACAUAGUUGUGUUUUUCCUGGUCCCUCCACCGUGUCCGCUCACACCCAGCUCCGCGCUGUGUUGGACAGGUGGUAACUGUACCACAGGCAGGCUCCAAGAUGGGACCUUCAGUACCCUGUCAGGUUUGGAAGAACAUCAUCCUCUCAUCUUCAGAAACCUGGAGCUUUUAUCAGUGAGCUACCUAAAAGAAUCUAAGGGAAUUGUAGCUGCAGCUUCCUUGCCAUUACUUUUUUGGUGUUUGUACCUCUUUGUCAGUGGUUUUAGAUCAAGAAACACAAUGAGCACAACUCAACGGAAGCGCCGUGGAGGAACAGUUAAUUCUAGGCAAGCUCGAAAAAGAAGCAGGCUCAUGGCUUCUACUGCUGAAAUGGCUUCAGAAGCAGAGCCAAUAGAACUUGAAGAAAGUGCUGGUGAAGAAGUAGUAGACCUCACAUGUGAAUCUUCUGAUCCUGUAGUCGUUGAUCUAACUCACAAUGAUUCCAUUGUGAUUGUUGAAGAGAACCAGCGACAAAGGAGAAAUCUGAGACUAAGAAGCCAGCGACAGGCAGACAGCUGUGUACUGAGUAGUGAUGAUGAAGAUGAAACAAGAGAUAACGAUGUGUAUGUGGCUGAUAAAGCAGCUCGAGAGCUGGGACCGCUGGAAGAGGAAACUGCAAGUUCAAAGCCAUCUGGUACUGUUAGCUGUCCAAUUUGCAUGGAUGUCUACUCAGAGAUUGUGCAAAGUGGACGACUGAUUGUGUCAACAAAAUGUGGCCAUGUCUUCUGCAGUCAGUGCCUCCGUGAUUCCCUUAGGAAUGCCAACUCUUGCCCAACCUGCAGGAAGAAACUCACUCACAGACAGUAUCAUCCCAUUUAUAUAUGAGUACUUUUAUUUCUCAGGACAGACUCAACUGGAUUUUGGGGGAAAUGUUAUAUUUUCAGUGCUCUGAAGAUUUAAAGAGCAGCAGGUUGUGCACAAAUCCAAAUAAAUCUGGUUUUUUUGAAGACCAACUUGAACGUAUCUAGACAGCUUUUUUAUGGUCCAAGUUGCUUCUUGUUAUGUUCCUGGUUAUCAUGCUACAUCGAUGACUGUCUAAACCAGAUCAGCAACCUAGACCAGGAAGGAAGCAGUUAAUCCAUUUCCUUCUACUUUUUUUAAUGCUUAAAUAAGGGAGUGUGAAUAUUUUGUUUUUUCUUACUCUGUUAAUUAUUCGUACCUUCACAUACAGGUAUGGAAUAGUUUCCUUUCAGAAGACAGAUUAGCAAUUCACAAUUUCAUUACAUCUUUCUUUCAUCCUGUAAGAAGCUCAUGACUCUUGCUUUCUUGCAUAUAAUCUUUGCCUAGGUAGGGUGAAUACUGUACUGAAGGGUGUUUUUUUCAUAAAUCAGUCUUAAAUUGACAACAAGGGUUAUGCAAUAAAGUAACCUGCUGUUAACCAGCAGUCAAGUGUUUUGAGCAGCAGAUGUGAACAUGCAGGUGUUUUUAUGAACUCCAUGAGAUCCCAAGUACAUAGACACACUGCAGCAUGUACAGUGUGAAAAUAAUUCCUUGAUUGUUUCAGCUGCCAAGAAUUCCUGUAUUUUAAUCCCAACACUGAAUUUAUUUUCUCGCGUGAUGAGAUGGUCUCUUGGGUUUGCUUGUGCUGUAACACACUCUCCUAAUAGCUAUCAAUAAUACAGUCUUCUCUAGGCUUCCUAGUGAUGAAAGCAAAGAAGCAAAGUCAUUUGUAUGCUGAAUACCAAACUGUCUACAGAUCUUCUUACUGUAUCAGCUGUUCCCAGUGUAAUGCUUUAAGUUCAGUGUGUUUUCUUUGCUGUUCUCACUGGUUGUUACACUGACACCUGACUGUGUGUAGCCUGGUGAAUAGGAUUGAAAAUUAAAUAACUGUACUGCCAUUUUUGAGUGGAGGCUUUAAAAAAUAUUUUGUACAAUGUUCAUAGUCAGUUAGAGAAAAGUUUAAUCUCCCUUUGCCCUGAGGGUUGUCCAGUUUUUUUUUAAAUGUAGUUUUAAAAAAGAAGUCAGAUAUAUCUCCUAGGAAGGACAAUUCCUCUAGUUGAGAAAGCAGGAAUACACCAGUUUAUGCACUCUUAUCCAGUCCUUUUUCCCCAGGACUGAGUUCUAAAUGUCUAUUUUAAACUUACAGCUAAAAUGUCUGAGCUGACCUGGAACCUGGGUGAGCUGAUACAAAGAUCGAUGUAGACAAGAUGAUUAAAAUCAGUGGUUUAUGAUCCACAGCUGUGGUAGGUGCAUCUAUGAGAACCUCCAGAAUUAAACCAGGCCACUUCUCUGAAGCUGUUUGCUUAUAGAAACCAUUAUAAGAACCUUCCUGUGCCCUGGUGCAGCACAAAUGAAGGGUGUGUUUAGUUAGUGCUGGUAUCACAAGUGUCUUUGCUGACCUGUCCUUAUCUGUAGGAAACCUUUAAUUAAAGAAAUUAGCUGUCUCAAGCUGCCUUGCAACCCAAAGUUUUUUUGUUUUUUUUAAUUAGGAUGUUUCUGGAUAUAGUAAUACAAAUAUAGUAAUUUUGUUACAUAAAGGCUGCCUGAAGAAAUGCAGUUUCCUGGUUUGGAGUGGCUUUGGUUCAGUGCUGUUAGCAGGAAUAUGCAGUUUCUGUACUGUGGCAAUAGGGUGACUCCUACAGAGUUACACACAGGUGGUUCCCGUGUGCUCCCAUGGGUGAGAUAAACUACAGGCAAGGACUAUGGCUGGCUCAGGGUACUGCAGUGACUGCAGUUGUGUCCCAAAAAGCAGAGUUGAUGCUUAAAGUAUUAAUUGUGUGAGGAGAAGCAGCCCAACGUUAAAACUGUAGAGACCCACAAGGAUCACAGAAGCUACUUUGUCCCAGUAGCUUAACAAAGAAUAAAUAAUGGUUGGUUUUCCUGGGGUGGCUGCUGUGUGAAAGGAGCAAUCAGAAGAGGAUUUAAGGGAUUACUGCUGAGGAUGAGGGUCAGUCAAGUCACUUAACCAUGCAUCUUUCACAGUCUACUAGCCAUGGCCUAAAUGAUUUUGCACAACUUCCUCCAUGUAAAUACCACUUAAGAGUUAGUGUCUCAAUAAAUAGAUCUAAUCAAAAUUUAGAUAUCAUAAACUAUAACAAAGAGUUUUUAGCUUUUGUGUACCCUGUGAAGUGCCACAAAUUUUGUGCAUCUCAAAAAGGAUAUUAUGUCUCAGUACAUGGGAAAAAAAAUUGGAAAUUCAUUACAUGCUUUUUUCUUCAAGGGGAAAAAAAAGUCUGAUAUAUUUCAGUUCCAGCAAUAUUUCACAUUGACAAGAACUCAUAGAAAAUGAAAAAAAAUCUUUAUAUUAAGUAGAUGUCUGUCUUGUUGUAUAUAGUUCAAUUUUUCCUGUAUUUAAUUGUAUUCAAGUCUGUCUGCCCAUCUAUGUUGAACUCUGCUGGUAGGCAGAGGGUUCUCUUAACAGGUGAAAAUAAAAUGAUUGAUCAAUCACAA